AGAGGCUGCGCGCUCAUGGCUCCUUUUCUCGCUCCGCAGCGGCGGGAGCGCGCAUUGGAUCCCACAUUCGCUGAGGAGGAAAAAAGCGCCGUCGGACUGCAACAGCGACUCACCGGGGAAAAUGUUCCCUCCACCGUCCUUCAUCAGCGCUGUCCACGUCUGCAAAAAGCAUGUGAACGGAUCUGCAACGGAUGAGGACUCGAGUUUUUUCGGCCAUUAAACUUGUUCCUGAGGACUGUAAACUCCAGGAGUGAUUUAUAACACACAGGAAUUGAAGUUAACGUUGGACAGGUGCAGAAAAUGGCACAAAGGCUCCUCCAGCUCCUUGCCUUGUGGACUAUUGUGAUUGGCGUCGUGCAGUGCUGUCCAGAGCUCUGUAGCUGCCAGGAUAAAUUUGCCCACCAGUUUGCUGACUGUGCUUACAAAGAUCUGCUGGUGGUACCUGUUGGUCUCCCCUCCAAUGUCACCACCGUGAGCCUUUCUGCCAACAAGAUCAAAUUGCUGAAAAGUAAAAGCUUCGUCAAUAUCACUCAGGUCACCUCUCUCUGGCUGGCCCACAAUGAGAUGGUCACCAUAGAGACGGACACCUUGGCCCCUCUGAUUCAGCUCCGCAACCUGGACAUCAGCCACAACAAGAUUGUGAACUUUCCGUGGGAAGAUCUGCAAAACCUCACAGCCCUGCAGCUCUUGAAAAUGAACAACAACGAGAUGGUGAACCUCCCAAAGGAUGCCUUCGCCACCCUCAAAGACCUGAGGUCGCUCCGCAUUAACAACAACAAGUUCACCACCAUUGUGGAGGGCACCUUCAGCGCUCUCUCCUCCAUGUCCCACCUGCAGAUUUUUAACAACCCCUUCACUUGCUCCUGCAGCCUGGAGUGGCUGAGGGAUUGGAUCGAAACAACUAAAAUUUCUGUUCCUGAGCCAGGUUUGAUAGUCUGCGAGGCCCCUGAACAUCUGAAGGGUGUGCUGGUCACAAAGAUUCCUAAACUGGUCUGUGAGGCCCCCACUGUCACUAUCACAUACCAGCCAAACAUAGAGAACACUGACCUCUAUGAGGGGUUGAUGGUCAUUCUAAAUUGUGAGGCAAAAGGGAGCCCCAAGCCACAGGUCAGCUGGGAGGUGAUUGCAGGAAAUCAGAAUUAUCUGUUCCCUUUGCCCUCCACCGGAGAAGUAAAUGAUUUGCCAAUUAAUGAUAAAACAACCAAUAAUAGAUUCCUUGUUUUUACAAACGGCACUCUCAUCAUUCCCAGUAUGAGUAAAAAGGAGGAUGGGAAUUACAGCUGCUCUGCGGUGAAUGAUUUAGGGAAGGCAGAGAGCAGCGUUAGAGUGGCUCUGGCAGGCACCCAAAAACAGGGCAGCAACUCCAUCCUCGAUUCAACAGUGGAUAAGAUCCGUCCAUCAGGUAAAAAGCCUACAGACUCCAAGACCUCCAAAAACAGCGAGAUCAACUGGACUAAGCCCAUAGAAAAGACAAAGGCCAGUCCUGAGGGUGCAACAGGCAAAAAUGAGGACACAGAACACGCUGGUGUUGUUCCUAAAGGCCCCGCUUUUGCAAGCAAGUGCGGUGUGAGAGAAAGCAGCGAGUACAUCUCCAACCAUGCCUUCAACUUGAGCUUAGAGGACCUGAAGCAGUACACCUUUGAUUUUGGCGUGAUUGCGUUAGAAGUGUCAGAGACGGAGGCCAAAGUGCAGCUAAAUCCGCUGCGGCUUCCCAGCAGCAAAUCUAACCUUCACCUCAGUAGUCAAAGUGACACCCAGGAGGAGACGGUGAAUAAAGAGCCUGUGGGUCUGUACCAGUCCUCAUCCAGCAAGACCACCCUGGACAUGCUCUACCUCUGUGUAAAUACAGGAAAUGGACACUCCAUGGUUCAGUGGUCCAAUAUAGAGGAGGGGAUAAAUGCCUACCGCUUCCACGGUUUGCAGCCUGGCACCAAUUACACACUUUGUCUCACCUACGGGGGGCAGGACUGCCAAGUCCAAGUGGUCUUCACAACUAGGAAGAAGAUCCCCUCCCUGCUUAUCAUCGUGGUUGUCAGCAUUUUCCUAUUGGGUCUGGCCACUGUUCCCUUACUGGGAGCCACCUGCUGCCAUUUACUAUACAAGUAUCAAGGGAAGACCUACAAGCUGAUCAUGAAGGCUCAGAAUCCGGAUCAGAUGGAGAAACAAAUGACGAGAGAUUUUGAUCCCAGGGCGUCUUUUGUGGAGUCUGAGAAAACCUUCAACCCCAGCGAGCUGGGCGAGGGGGAGGAGGGGGAGGGAGAGGCCGAGGGAGAGGAGGGAGAAGGAGAAGGGGAGGCUGAGGGGAGCGUGGUGACCGAGUCUAUCCCGGGAUCCUCGUCCAAAACCAACCCGGAGGAGUUCGAGGUGGGCUCGGAGUACAGUGACAGAUUACCGCUGGGCGCAGAGGCCGUCAACAUCUCGGAGGAAAUCAACGGCAACUACAAGCAGCCGAGCCGCUGAGCUCCGCCGGUGUCUGCGGGUAUAUUGUAAAAUAUUUUACUUUCAAGUAGCCUACAUUCAAGCAGGUAACUCACACACCAUUACUACACGUGAAAAAACGAUGGCGUUUGAUUAUGGAAAAAAAAGGUGGCUCAUUAAUUUCCUUUUUACCUCAGAAAGUACUCCAACAAUCACCGAGAUUGUGAAUUGAUUCAUGUGGCAUUUUUAGUCUUCUGUAAGGUUAAAAAUCAGUGAAAACGUUUACAAUGCAAGCACAGAUUUAUACAGUUUACCAAACCUCAAAACUAACAGGAAAGCAGCAAAAAAAAUGUUCCCUUUCUGAAGGACGGACACAAAUGCGCAAAUUGUGCAAAGAGCGAGGCGCGGAGAGUUGUGCGUAAUUGAAUGCAAAAAAUAAAUGGCAUUCAAUUUUUAAUUUUAGGAGCACAAAUACAAGCAAAAAAAAAAACAGUGCCAUGUUUUGUAAAAAAGCCAUUUUUCAAACAAACUGACAUCAGGAACCAGUUUCUCUUUCUAAGCUGCGUGCGUCUGCUCAAGGCUGUGGAAGAAUCUCCUCCAAACUGCCAAUUAACAUCCACUCAGGUGUCGGCACUCUGGCUCCACUCGACUGGUCAACGAAACUAGUCACAGAUUGGGAUUCAAAUAAUUCAUAUUUGAUGAAAUGAUGCACGUAUUUGGACUUGUCUGGGUUGCUGUUGCGCACACAGCAGCGCCCCGCUCGCUGUCCUGGGAGUCCAAAAAAGAAAAAAGAAAAAAGAAGGGAAACUGCGCUUUCAGCUGUGUUGUGCUUGACGGGAAACCCCAGGUUAUUUUACAAACAAAAUGUUGUUUCACGUAAUGUAAGGCUUUAAGAAGUAAUGUGCGACUUUAACCUCUUAAUCAACGGGUGCUUGCUGUACUCUCGCUUUUUACAAUGAACGUGUCCAUGGCAUGUCACACGUAUUUCCUUGUGUGGUUUUUUCUUAGUGUAGUCUAUAGGACUGUAGAUGUGACUGUCUACCUGUGAUGUAAAGCCAUGUGAGUUGAAAUUCUUAUUCUUUUUUUUUACGACGAUAAUUAAGUUUCAACGAAGCCUCAACAAAAAGGGCGCAGCGAGCGUCCGACGGCUUCACUGUCUUGUAAUUUUGAUGCAUAUAGUGACUUUUUUGUGAACAAUGUUGUAAAACAAACAAAAAAAAACGUGAUCUUUCAAGAUUUUUUUAUAUAAUUUUAUGUAAGUGAUAUUAAUAAAACAUAUGAAACUAUACAGGCUGUUGGAUUUUUCUGGAUUUAGAUGAACUCCUUCAGAAAAAAAAUGUAGAAAUCAUUUCUGAAUUCUUCUGAAAAAAAUAAAAGAAAGAAAAAUCCAAUACAACUCAGCGGUUUAGGUAAAGAAAUCGAUUCGAAAAAUCCUAAUUGUUAUAUUUCUUACGCGUUUUUACGCAUCAUUUUGGGAAAAGUUAAUACGGAAGCUUGGUUUACAGUCUUUUUUUCCACAUUUUCUAACAAAACAGCUAAAAACUGGGGGCUAUAGGUGUGCUCAUGCAGAUUGUAAAUAAAGAAACUGCUGCGUUUUAAAAGCGCCGAUCAACA